AGCAUUAUUUCGAUAACACAGCCGUGGUGGCAGCGUCAGCAAGCUGUAGUCACUAGCUACACACACACACAGCUCGCACCCCUCACGAGCGAUCUAUCGUCAUCACAAUUUCUCACGCUGGUAUGUUUUCCAAUCGAGAAGCGAAAGCUGCUUCUACUUUAUUUUCACCAGGACGCUAACUUUACACGUCUUUUAGAAUGACCGCAGCGUUAUCCCCAAGGAUUUAGACGCGACAGUCGCCAAAAGAAAGUACUACACCGACACAACAAAGCAUUCCUGUUUUACGGUGGGUGGAAAGACGGCAUCCGGCCUCCAAAGAAGCUCUGAGGUCAGGGACUCUGGUCGAAACAACAUUCAUCGUUUCUGGCCUCCCCUGCCUGAGAGCUCCAUGGAGAAGAUGAAGAGGUUCAAGCGGCGCCUCUCCCAGACCCUGAGGGGAAGCCAGACCAUCGACGAGUCUCUGUCUGAGCUAGCCGAGCAGAUGACCAUUGAGGAGAACGGCUUGAAGGACAGCGGUGAGGAGCCCAUCGUGAGGAACGGCCGCCCCCCGACCGCCCACAGCGUCCACUCCUUCCUGCACCAGUACACGGGGUCCUUUAAGAAGCCCCCCCUCCGCAGGCCUCAGAGCGCCAUCGGGGGAGGCCUAGGCUCCCUGAUGGCCAUGCCACGCAACGGCAGUCGCCUCGACAUUGUCCACGAAAACCUAAAAAUGGGUUCUGACGGCGAGAGUGACCAGGCCUCUGGGACAUCCUCGGAUGAGGUCCAGUCUCCGACUGGCGUCUGUCUCCGGAACCGGGGCAACAGACGGAUCUCCAUGGAGGACCUGAAUAAGCGUCUGUCCCUACCAGCUGACAUCAGGAUACCUGAUGGCUACCUGGAGAAGCUGCAGCUCACCAGCCCGUCCUUCGACCAGCCGCUCAGUCGGCGCUCCCGCAGAGCCUCCCUGUCGGAAAUUGGAUUUGGGAAGCUAGAGACCUACAUCAAACUGGACAAGCUCGGGGAGGGGACGUACGCCACGGUCUUCAAGGGCAGGAGUAAACUAACGGACAACCUGGUGGCCCUGAAGGAGAUCCGCCUGGAGCAUGAGGAAGGAGCGCCCUGCACCGCCAUACGAGAGGUGUCUCUACUGAAGGACCUGAAGCACGCCAACAUAGUGACACUGCAUGACAUCAUCCACACGGACAAAUCCCUGACACUGGUCUUUGAGUACCUGGACAAGGACCUGAAGCAGUACAUGGACGACUGCGGGAACAUCCUGAGCAUGCAGAACGUUAAGAUUUUUCUGUUCCAAAUCCUGAGAGGCCUGGCGUACUGCCAUAAACGGAAAGUUCUCCACAGAGACUUGAAGCCUCAGAACCUUCUCAUCAAUGACAGAGGGGAACUCAAACUGGCUGACUUUGGUCUGGCUCGGGCCAAAUCUGUCCCCACUAAGACCUACUCCAACGAGGUGGUGACGCUGUGGUACCGACCGCCAGACGUCCUCCUGGGUUCCUCCGAGUACUCCACACAGAUAGACCUGUGGGGGGUGGGCUGUAUAUUCUAUGAGAUGGCUGCCGGCAGGCCCCUGUUCCCUGGCUCCACAGUGGAGGAUGAGCUUCACCUCAUUUUCCGGCUGCUGGGUACUCCCAUGGAGGAAACCUGGCCAGGAAUCUCCUCUAUAGAAGAGUUCAAGUCCUACAAGUUCCCCAAGUACAAACCCCAGCCCGUCAUCAACCAUGCACCCAGGUUGGACACAGACGGCAUUGAAUUGUUGAUGUCCUUCCUCAGAUACGAGUCCAAGAAGAGGAUUUCUGCAGAUGAGGCAAUGAGGCAGCCCUACUUCAGGAACCUUGGGCCUCGCGUGCAUACACUGCCAGAGAGCAUAUCCAUAUUUACACUGAAGGAGGUCCAACUGCAGAAAGAUCCUGGAUACAGGAAUUCCUCCUACCCUGAAUCAGGCAACGGCAAGAACAGAAGGCAAAGCAUGCUCUUUUAGGUCUGGGCUAACCCUUGUGUGGAGCAGAGCUGUUGAGACUUACCCAGACGGCUCCCUAAAGGUGGAUGUCGGGGCGGGCUGGGCACAACUCACAUACCCUGACCCCCCCACACCCCAGACCCCCUCCACACCCGGGCCUCUGGGACUGUCAGCGCAAAGAAAAUGGCCCGAAAUGAGACAUUUAUACUCCAGUACAUUUUAUAUUUAUUGGGAGGUGAAUUUGCUGCUAAAAAAGAACAACUACUGUCUAGAUUCUAACUGGCUUAGUCACUUUAAAGAAAACAUGCAAUGUGUAUAGAUUUAAAAACAAAUUGAAGUGUUUAUUUUGGUGAUUUUAUUUUGUCAUCGGUUCCAUGACUUUCCACCUCCUAGUUUCCUGUGCGUGUGUGUAAGACAGGGGCGGGCGUCAGUAACAGCUCUGAAAGUUUGGGUAUUGGUGCCAUGACACUGAUGUGCUCCUCCUAAGAUGCAUUUCUGGACUAUUUAUUUAACAUGGAGAACCCAGUUGACACUAAAUCUGGGCCCUUACGUCAGCAUCACACCCUUUAUAUAUACCUCCAGUCUGACAGGCGCUCAUAGGGAGCAGUGUUUAGAAAGUUCCCAUUCUUGUGUGUGGGAGGCUGUUUGAAAAUGGCAUGGCAUUCCAAUAUUUGUUUCAAAAACCGUGAAAAAAAUCCAGGAAGUAUAAGAUUGUUUUAAUGAUGUGGGCAUUAAGGGAAGCUGUCGGACUCCCUACUUUUCCGUGACAGCUUGACAUCUAACCAACCACAGCCAACUUCCUCUCCUCUAACGCAUCCAGCAUCCUCGGCCAUGACCAGGGCUGUGCUGCAAGGUGGAGUUCCCUGCGUUUGUCAGACGGGCUUGUGUGCAUUACAGUUCAGUUCUUUGUUUUGUUUUUUGCCCUUUCCAUCCUCCAUUACGAACUGUAAAAUGUUUCCUUGUUUUGGAUUUCUUCUCAUCUGUGUGUUGCAUGCCGGCCCUGUGUGUGUGUGUGUGGCGGGGGGGAGGGGGGGGGAAGCAGUCACUGAACUCCCAGUUAGGGUGCUCAGCUCCUUGUCAUAAGACAGUACUGAGUCACAGUGUCUAUUUAACAGUGUUACCAGAUGUUUUGUAUGAUAUUCCUUAACUUUAUUUGUGGAUAAUUGUUCUUGGUGUGGCAUCUCGUUGGGAAUGCCCUCUGUAUGAGCUUGGUUUUUUUCAGAGAAAAGAAAAUUAAACUGAAGUUGAAAAACUAAAA